GAUAUCGCGAUUUCAAAUCGAGUCCAUCGAUUUGAAACACCCUGUAUUUUUUGAGUUUGCAUGUCUCUCCCUCCCCGUGGUCGCGUGGAUUUUUCUCCGGGUCCUCCGGGUUUUUUCCCCCUCUCUCCAAAUCUCGAGCCGGCCAACAUCAAACACAGCGCAAUCUGGCUUCCCGCUAUAAAAUGUGGCGUGAUUGAGGAAUGCGUCGAAUGGCGUUCGCAGCAGUUUGUACGGCCUGCCUAGCGACACCUACCGACUGUUGGAGGGUUCUCGCUCUCCCGCUCUCUCUCCUCUCUCGAGGGACUUUUACGAUUGAACCAAGGAAGCUGAGACGCACAAGCAUAUAGCACUGUAAGUAAGGGGUGUGUGUAUGUGGUGGUGGUGGUUGUGAGGGGAAUGUGACGAGGGUGGCGUUUCGAUUUCCCGCUAUGGAGUCAACGGCGUCUCUGGGCCGCGUCUCGCACCCGCUCUCCGACGACUCUCCACUGUUGGAGGAGGAUGACGACGACGACAUGAAGGAGCACGGGGCCACUGGCAAGGAUGAGACCCACAUGUGCGAGAGGAGUCCCAUGCAGCCACCGUCACCGGCCUCAUUGCUCAACCGUCUGCAGCUGGGCGAGGAGACCGAGUCGGAGCCCACGGACCUCUUUGUGAGAGUAGACAGCCCUGAGAAACACGUCACGGCCAUGGAGACGUACAUCACCUACCGCGUCACUGUGCGGACGACACGCAGCGAGUACGACGGCAUGGAGUUUGUGGUGCGCCGACGCUAUCAAGACUUUGACUGGCUGCGAACAAAACUGGAAGAGACGCAGCCUACGCACCUCAUCCCGCCGCUGCCGGAGAAGUUUGUGAUGAAGGGAGUCGUGGAUCGUUUCACGGAGGAUUUUGUGACGACGCGGCAGAAAGCCCUGGAUAAGUUCCUGAACCGGCUGGCUAACCACCCCACUCUCUCCUUCAGCAGCUACUUCCAUUCAUUUCUCACAGCCAAGGACCUGGCUCUGCAGAGGCGCGGCGCCAGCCUGCUGAGCCGCGUUAGCGAGUCGGUGAGACUCGUGGCCGGUGCUGGCGGACGGCCCAAGGCACGGCCGCCCGAGUUCACGGCGAUGUCCGACUUUGUGGAAGCCUUUGGCCAGAAGCUCGGCACGCUGGAGAGGAUAGCGCAGAGGAUCCUUAAGGAGCAGUCCGAGUACCAGGCGGAGCUGUGCGAGUACGCGCCGCUCUACGCGAGCUGGGCCGUGCACGAGGAGGCGGAGCUGUCGCGCCCUCUGCACGGCGUGCACACCUGCCUCGCCAGCUGCUCCAAGGCGCUGGAGCGGCUCAUGCUGCACUCGAGCCAGGAGGUGCUACCCACGCUGCGGGAGUACUCGCUCUACGCCGACACCGCGCAGGCUGUGCUGCGCAGGAGAGACCAAAUCCAGGCGGAAUUUGAGACCAAGGUGGAGUCUCUGGCAAGCAGGAAAGAAGACAAGGAGGGGUCCGCGGAAGACGUGGACAAGCUGCACGACCGUAUGGAGUGCGCGGACGCCAACCUCAAGGCGGACUGGGAGCGCUGGCAGCGCAACAAACGCAGGGACCUCCGGGAGCUGCUCGUCAGCCACUCGGAUAGGAACAUGCGAUACUACCAGGAGUGUUUGUCAUCGUGGGAAUCCCUCGUCCCACUCUUACAGGACAAACCAGAGGAGGAAAAAGACCAAAAAUCAUAGCCAAGACUUCUCCUGUUGGUAUUUCGGUGCAAUUUGAGUGAGGAUUUACCCUACAUUAUAAUUGUAUUGUUGUUGCAUAUUUGACAGGUUUAUUUCCUAAACAGGGCACCAUGCUUUGGGAAUAUUAUAUUGCCCGUGUGUCUCGUGCAAAAAAAAAAAGAUUUAUACAGAUUAUUGCGUGAUAAAAAACACGCUGGUCAUCAUUCCAUAAAUACGAAUGAGUUGCACAGCUAAAUAAGUUGUCAAACUAUAUUUAUAAGACACGUAUGCAAAAAAGUAACUGGAUGAAAGUGCUUGGAAUUAGUUUAUUGUUACAAAGCUUUUCUGAUAUUCAACAUUUUAUUCUAUUAUUAUUUUCGUAUUCUUGUCUUUCUUAAUUCUCACUAAAUGAUUCCAAAACUCGCUCUUGAAGAAUAUAUACACAGACUCUUCAUAUUCUCAUUCUUGUGUGUGUGUGUGUAUAUAUAUUAUCAGCAUCUGGGAGAGAUAGACUACCGUACUGCCAUCAUGACGUCGCCAGAUCUUCUCCUGUUGACCGAGCGGUGGCUGUGUGCAGUUGAUGCAUGCCCCCCCCCCACCCCCAAUUUGCCCUUUGAAUUGCACCCUCACAGCUGAGUGAUUGGGACCGUCAUCUGCCUGCGAUGGGUUUUUGCUGAAGGGAUUCAAGUGCAACGUAGCCGUGCGAUUCCAAGAAAAAUGAGGUUUUCGGCCUCUCCGCGUUUGUGCCACGUCUUGGCCGCAUUUUCAACGACGCGCGUUUUUAUCCAUUGUCCGAUACACCUGUCCGCGUUUGUGCCACGUCUUGGCCGCAUUUUCAGCAACGCGCUCUUUGCUCCAUUGUUCGCUUCGCUGCACCGUUGUUGCCUAUGCAGCACUCAUUUUUUUUUUGCUCGCGAACACUCGGCCUUUCUAAUUUAACCUCGUCGCUUUAUUUAAUUCUUGAUUAACGGCAGCCAUGAGACUGACAGGAUUUUUUUUUCGCUUUUGUUAAGAAAAUGCCACUGUUUGAAUAUUUGGAGGUUUAACUUUUUUUAAAAGAAUUUAUUUAUAAAAAUAAUUAAAAGAUGACCUUUAAACUGGAAUUUAUUUUUCCCUCCUAUUUUGUUUUCUAUCGGGCAUUGACAUUUUGCAUUCUUAAAUUUAAAAAACAUGUGAAUGUCACCAUUACCAUCUGAUAAUUGUACUCAACAUCAGGUGUAUUGAUGUUUUUGCUUACACUUUUGUGAGAACAUCCACUCAUACGUUCCAUGUGUUUACCGCAGCAGUGUGCUUUCCCUACCACUAUAAUGGCAGGCUAAUUAAAUUAAUUUCUGAUGUCAAAGCACAUUCGAUGCCACAACAUUUUAUUAUUCUGUAGGUGCCUCCGCUUCAGCAUGGGUGUCGAAUGCAUUAUUAUCAUCGUUCGUUCGUGUUCUACGUUGAUGUACUGAGGGUAAUUGUACGUUUUCACCGUCAACGUUUUUUUGACGUUAAAAUUAUUUCCGUAAUGGUAGCUGUUCCGAGGCUGUAAAAUGGCACUGUGAGGAAAGUGAGCUAGAGAUAGGAAUUGGACAAAGCCACUUUGUGCCACGUAUCCGAGGCCAGGAGGUGUCGGAAUUCAGUCGCUCAGACAUGUGAAACCCUUUCAUAGGUGCUUUCACGCUACACUUGUCCAGUUUAUAGAUUUGUAAGCAUGCACAGCAAAUCGGGUCAUUUUUUUUUUUACAUUUGAAUAGCUAUAAAAGGUGCCCCAUUUUUACGCUGCGAAAUCACAAACGAGUGACUUAACAAAUCGAUAAACAUUCUGAGGAGGAGCAAAUUGUAUUUCAGAAGUCAUAUGCUAAUAUCUGCUCCCCACUCACGAUUUUGCUUCAAUGAAGUCCGCAGCAAAAACUGCUUUUCAUCGUUCGGCACGGUGUCCCCGGACAUUUCGCUCCACGUGCUGAGAGCUUUCAGUUUUCCGCUGAAGCUCCCCAGCCCCAUGGAACCGAAACGUCGGACAUAUGCCUAAAUAGCAUGUAGUACAACCCACAAACACAUCGGCAGAGCUAUACGGUCGAACCAUAAAAGCCUACCACAGCUCGGGUUCAUGAGAAUCGGAAUAUUUAUUUGGACUGCAGGAGGAAUCCGAUGACCUAUUAAGCUCUUUCACAGAUGUCAUUCUUUAAUUAUACAAGUCCGAGUUAUCAAGCUUGAGCAAGGCAGCAACAACGACACCAAAACGGUCUCAGACCACACCAAGAUAACACCACACAGCAGUUGUCCCUCAAUAACAUAGCACAUUGACAUUGAGCUAUCGAUACGGCACAGGCACGGAUCAAAGUUGCAAAUGUGACUAUCCAGCGCUGAUCUUCUGCUUCAGGAUAUUUUUCGAAGGAAGAUUUACGAUGCACAGAGAUUGAAAUGGGGUGGCAAUCCACAUUUGUAUGGCGCGCAAUGGGACGAUGGCUCAUUAUUUUCCCCAAUGUGCUUUUUCACAAAGCCAUUCAAGGGCAUUCAGGGAUUUUGAUGUACUUUUGGGACCCGUUCAUCAUGCUGUGGAUACAUCAGACGUAGACUUCAGGCCAGUAACUAGAGUUGACGUUGAACAAAGUUAUUCAGUUGUGACUGCAUACGAAGUUACACUUUUUCUCUUUAACGUUAGUGGAUGGUUGUGUAACCCGGAGUGAAAUUACAUAAUUAUUUUUGGGGACAAUUUCUGUCCCAUUUGUAACAAGAUAAGUACAUCUUUGACUUUAUUUGUCCCACAACUGCAUAUGCAAAUUACGCAUGGCAGCACGCUCAGUCCAACUGUUGCAAUCACGUUACUUUAGUGGAAACCCUCUUCAAUUUCAUUACAUUCCAAGAAAUUCCUGUAUUUUCCACAUUGCACGUGAAAUACAUUUACAUUAUAUACUAGUAUUAAGCUAUGAGUAACACAACUCGGCAAUUCCAUUGAAUCAGAUGACCAUUUAAAGUAGUGACUUGCUUCAGGAAAAGCUGGGAUGGGGGCUUUCCUUCAAGUCAGAUCUGUGAUUCGCUACUUUGUUUAAAUUGAAAGAUUUUUGCUGCGUCUAAGCUUGCCGGCAAUUUAAGAAUGAUCGGAGUUUCUCCAUACUAAUCGUUGGACCGCGGGACAACAUUUUUUGGUGAGAUAGCAGCAUCACCCAAGGGAGCAUGAUUCCACAUACCAGUGAUCAGACUGAAGCCAAUUAUUUGCAACUAGUUAGCAUAGCUUUGGAUUUCACCCACUGCAUACAGUUAAAGUGAUUACUUUAACUUUUCAGAUGACUGGUGUCUGAGCACACACUAAUUGCCCCUAAGCCACAGUGUUCUGGCUCAGGUCAGCUUUGCACUUUGAAGGCCCUUUGCACCUUUUAAUUGUCAUCACAAAGCAUCAAUUUGAAGCAGGCAGAGGGAACCCUGUGGCAAGGUAUUGGUGAGUUGUGUUCGUUAUAAUUCAGGCACUACAUGAGAAGUCUUGACAGAAGCACCUCAGCCGUUAAACUCACUGCACUGUCAUCCUCAAAUAAAAAGUUACAUGAUUUAUUGAGUGAAUAACAAAGCACGAAUAUUAUAUUGGUGAAUCUUUUUAUUCAAUUCGUUGGCUAAUCGAAUAACACAAGAAUAGUUGGGGAUACAAAAUGUGUCUCGCCUCUGUUCCCACGUGUGCUACUGUAUGGGAAGUCAUUGAGGGGGGCAGGGCUGGCAGGGGCCUUGGUGACAUCGAAAUCAUCAGCCGCGUCGCGCUGGGCUUGGCUAGUGGGGGUGGUUUUCCUGCCUUCAGGAGGCUCAGCUAUUAGACUGAUCAUCCCAGCUGUCCAUAGCAUGCUCUUAUAAACGUGUGACCAUGAUUAAUCAUUUUUAUGCAUAACCCCUGAUUGCUUUGUAGCCAUGCUGAGACAUUAUACAGCAUUACCAGAUUACACAACGCACUCAAACACGCCCUCGGUUAUAUGUGAUUGUUUAGCUUUGUGCGCAAAUUGGCAAAGCAGUGUAAUUUUAUUUUUCGCACCGACUUAAUUUCACCAGUUAAUUUGUGGAAUUAUGAAUGCAACGUGCGGUGCGGUUCUGGGUUCAUUUGACAUUGCAUCAAUAAUCGUUUUGCUGCAAGAAUAAGGGAUGUGAAUCUUGUGAAUGAAUGAUGAAUCGGUACAAUUAAUGAAAAAAAAUGCUCUGGAAUCUACCUCUUCAAACAAACUCGUAGAUUAAAAAAAACCAAUGUUCGGUGUGUAAUAAAAUUCUUAGGAAUGCACAAACCUGCAGGAUCUUACACCAACGCGACUUGCAAAGUUUGAAGUACAUGUUGGUAAAACGUCCGUGAUAGCAAAUGCUGUUAUAAUGUAGACACACCGAAAUGAGAUAUCAGUGAUAUGAAGUUGUAGUUUUUAAUUUAAAUUGGUUUGUCUUAGUUAAUUUAAUAGUAGGUUAAUUACAGUAUUAAAGCAUUAAACUGUGCCUUUGUGGUGAUUUUUGAAUAAGACCACAUCACAGAAGCUUUCAAUGUAAUGGCAUAGACAAUUACAGCACUUAUACAAUUAAUGUAAUGGGCCAUCACAACUGCUAAACGGUUUCAAUGUCAGUUUAAUGUCAGUUUAAUAAAAAAAAUCUACUUUUUGUAGAAAAUGAAAAUUAGUUGGCAUGCCACAUGAUUAGUGGUCUAAAUCAGAGAGAGAAUGUGACCUCCAUUCACAGACAUAUUGGUUGUAUCUGUAUUUUUUUUAUUAAUAGGUGUAAUGUCAAUCCUUUUCACGUUGCUCUCACGUCACAUGUAGACAUUUUGAUGUCAUCCAAUGCUGCAUAAUUCAACAGCAGUUGCCCUCUGGAAAAAUAACUGGCUCCUGCUAUAGAAAUGUUGUGAAGAUUAUAGGAUUGACUUGGUCAUAAAUAUAUUUUUUCCAUUGUCCAACCGAGCUGUGGCGGGGCCAGUUGCCAAACCAGCCCAAAAUGGGUCAAAGAGUUGCCAGGUUGAUUUCCUGCUACAAAACUCCGGGGUCGUGUUAAUGCGGGUCACGUGUUGUAAGUGACUCGGGAUGCACGUAAACGAUAUCACAUGAUACAAAUGUAGAUAAUAAACCUCGUGCCUGGCCCUGCUUGGCCCCCGAGCCAGAUUCAGAUAUUUGGUAAAGGCGAGCGCAUUGCCGUUUGGUCCUGGCUCGUUGGUAGGGUAGCCAAUAGUAAAACCACCUGUGCCACGUGUGCUCUGUGCUAGCACGUCUCGGAUGAACCAUGGAAAAUGGGUGCAGGGACUCCUCAACUUACGAACGAGUUAGGUUCCAGAGGUCUGUUUGUAAGUCGAUUUAUUCAUAGGUCCAACUUUACUUCUGUCUAUUUCAAACAUGUCUGGCAUGUACACUAAACACAAGGAAUGGCUUUAAAAGUUGUGUAAUUUGUGAAUGUAGAUGACGCGCCGGUUCUUUAUUUUCGUCAGAUAUAGAUGCCACCACCACCGGCGCACCGUCUAUUGCGCCGCGGUUGAACUUACGACUCUCAGUUCGACCAGGCAACUGGACAUAUGAAUAUUAUGAGGUUUGUUACUAUCUCUGAAAGUUUGUAAGUCGAAUGUUCGUAAGUAGAGGAGUCCCUGUAUAUAGGCGACGAGAUACGAACUACUGUUACACCACAUUCUACCCAUUAAUACCCACUAUAGGGCGUGUGUUUGUAAUUGAAUUUAAACAACAAAGUCUGUGCCUGAUAUUUGCUUCAUAUGUUGAGUGUUUACUGUGGAAAACUGAACUGUUGAUUGCAAUGGUACCUUUCAGCUUUGUUUUAGAUUGUCGAACACUACCGUGCCUUUUUUCAGGCUGCCUCAUCAAAAUUCGCAGAAUUAAGUAAACAAAAUGUAA